AUGCAGUGUUCUGAGGUUUAAUAUCGCCAUGUAUUAAGUUAGUUUUAAUUAAUCCUACAAUUCUGUUCAUUAAUCUUAUUAAGAGAGAAGCCAUAAACUAAUCGUUCUUUAAAUACAUAUUAUUUGGUAUUAAACAAAAGUCUUCUAAGGUACAAAUACAAAAUUCCAUGCAAAUUACUUAAUUUUAAAAAUCAGCAUAGAUAAAUUUUGGCUGAUAUUCAUAACAUAACUGUUAAACUAUCAUAACCUCUCUCUUAAAUUAAUCACUAUCGUCAAUAUAUUUUAGUGCUACUGGAAUAAACUAUUUUGUUAAUUAGUUUUAGCAAAUAUAAGCAUCUUAAUAUUAAAGUUGCAUCAAAUCCAAACAAACCUUCCCUUAGGAUCCUUAUCCAACCAAUUAAGACCAACCUAGUAGUUAGAGGUUUGGUCUUUUUUAUUAACUUAAUAGAAGCCAUUGAAAUAAUAUUUAUUAUGAUUUUAUAUAAUUUUUAGGAUCAGCAAAUUGUUAAACUAUAUUUUAAGUUUAUCUAAAAUAAAAAUCUUUCACCUCUGGUUCAUUUAUAUUAUUCUAUGAAGUUAUACUGCCUCCUAGAGUUGUAGCUCGUGAGUUAAAAUUUGUUGUGCUCUAUUAUGUGGUAUAAAAAGAGUUUGCUUUUUCUUGAAAUGAAAAUUUUUUAUCUUAUUUAAUUAGCUCAAUUGUAAUUUGUUCAUAUUCCUCCUCUUCUUAAAUUCUGUAUUAUACCAUGUUAGUAUUAGGAAUUAAUUUUACAAAUGAUUCGCUCAUAUCCAUUUUUAAUUUAGAUUUCAUCAUAGAAUUCAUACACAACAUUAAUACUUUCGUAAUUAAAUAAAAGAAAAUAGAUUAUUCAAAUAAAUAAAAUCUGA